AUGGCUAAACGGAAACCGACAGUCCUGGACAUGGAGAGGGCACUUGGCUACGCGAUCGAUCAGUCUGUUUAUUCUGAUCAUGUUGGCCACCGCUUCUACUCUAAUCUUACUCCUAUAUCCGAUCUUCCAUAUGAUCGAGUUGAAAAAGAAUAUGCAAGCACUGGAAGAGCGCAAAGAUACCAGCGCUGUAAGCAAGAUUCAACUACAAUAUUUCCGACAGGCAACGAGACAAAGACGAUUUCGUGGCAGGGUAGCACUGUCACAGUUCAGCAAUUGGGCUCGGUUGGUUUCUACAAGUUCCUCGUUGAUGCUCAAUACGAAUUUGGACUAGACUUGUCGUUCUUGUUCACCAUAGAGGAAGCAUUUAACCUCCUUUCUAUGUCACGGCUACUUGAACUUAAAAUCAAGACGCAAACCCUUCCUCGGCCUACUUUGCAAUGGCAACUGCGGUCCAAUUCAGUACCUAAAGAUCGAUCAAGGUUGCUGAAUAUGCCCCAAGAGAUACGUGACAAGAUCUACAGAUUCACAUGUCAAGAUGCAAAGUGGCAAAGCAAACAGCUAUACUCUGGAGGGAAGGAUUUAAGCUUCUGUAGAAGCCUGGGUGAUCCUAGUGGAUUCUAUUUUCCACUGGGCAAGACUUUUACGCUUCUGGCAGUUAACAGACAGAUGCGCCAAGAAGCAUUAGUAUUGGCGUAUCGCUGCACACGGUUCUAUCUGACAGAUAUAGAAGACCUCACUCGGUUCCUUCUUGCAGUCGGCCGCAUCGGUCGUGAGAACAUCGAGUCUUUGGAUUUCGCUUGGGAGAGUCAGAUCGACCUCGACGCUAGCUGGCGUGAUUUCCCAGAUUCCGAGACAAACCAUCUCACAUUACCAGCAUUCCAUAUCUCACGCUGUAUUCAACUCCUCAAACAAUGCAAGAGGCUUAAAUCAGUACAACUAAGAUUUGAACGUUGUUUAAUAACAGAUGUACCUUUGGAAACAUUCAAGACUAACGCGGGCAUUUUGCUGCUCUGCUCACUUCAAGGAAUUGACAAUAGUGCUAUCCUGAGCACAGAAAAUGAAAAUAUGAGCGAUUUUGUCGUCGCGCAAUGGUUAAGAAAGCAGAUAAUUUGUAAGUAG